UUGCUCCUCUCGAUUCGCGAAAACCCUAAUUACCCCCAGCUUCGCCGCCGCCGUCGUCGCCGUCGCCACUGCAGCGGCAGCCAUGAAGCAGAGGAGGGAGGAGGAGAAGAAGAAGAAGGACAUCCUCGCGGGCUCCGACAAUGAGUCCGAUGGAGGCGGCGGCGAGGAGGAUCUCUCCAAGAUCCAGAUCAACGAGGAGUACGCCCGCCGCUUCGAGCACAACAAGCGGCGGGAGGCGCUGCAGCGCCUGGAGGAGCGCAAGAAGAAGGGCCUCGUCCCGCCGGAGGAGGAGGAGGAGGAGGACGACGACGACGACGAGUCCUUGUCGGACGACGAUGACGCCGCCAUCGCGUCCCGCCGCGUCGACCGCCAGAUGUUCGAGGUCAUCCGCCGCAUCCGGCGCGGCGACGCCGCCAUCCUCGACGCGAAGGCCAAGAUGUAUUCCUCCUCGUCGGAGAGUGAACCCGGCGACGAGGAGGGGGAGAAGCCCAAGAAGACGAAGAAGGAGCGGCCCCUGUACCUCAAGGACGUGAACGCUCGCCACCUGCUCGAGGAGGGCCCCGAGUUCGCGGCGCAGGCUAGCCAUGGCGGCCACAGCAGCAGCAAGUACGACAAGAUCGCCUACGACGAGCAGCAGAGGAAGGGGCUGGAGGCUUUCCUUGCGGCGGAGAAGGCGGCAUUAGGCAAUGGCGAUGGCGAUGGCGGCGAGGAUGAUGACGAUUUGUUCCAAGUGAAGCCGAAGGGUGGAGAUGGUGGUAACAAGGAGGAUGAUGACGAGGAGAAGAAGGAGACUGAGCAGAUACUGAUUGAUAUUUUCGGCAAAGACGAGGAGCUGGACGAGAACAGCAAGUUCCUGAAGAAAUUCUUCCUCGAGAGGCCGUAUCUCGAGACGGGCAGCGAGAAGAAAUACUCUCCGGAUGAUAUCCAGGAGGUAUCGGACGAAGAGGAGCAUCUCAUAGAGCAGGAGGAUUAUGAGACCAGGUAUAACUUCCGGCAUGAGGAAGCAGCCGCGACUGGUGCGGAUGUAAUGGACAGGGUGAUGGGGCAUUCGCGGUUUGUCGAGGGGUCUGUGAGGAAGAAGGAGAGCAGCAGGAAGCAGCAGCGCAAGAACAAGGAGGAGCGGAUAGCACGGGCCAAGCAGGAGCAGGCAGAGGAGUUGAAGCAUUUGAAGAACUUGAAGAAGAAAGAGAUCGCCGAGAAGCUUGAGAGGAUCCGGAUGAUUGCCGGAAUUGAUAGCGAUGCAGCUUGCAAGCUCGGAGCCGAUGACUUGGAGGAGGAUUUUGAUCCUGAGGAGUAUGACAGGAAAAUGAAGGAGACAUUCAAUGACAAUUACUAUGAAGCAGAUGAUGUUGAUCCUGAAUUUGGGAGUGGUGAGGAAAUUGAUUUGGAAAAACCAGACUUUGACAAAGAAGAUGAACUGCUUGGGCUACCCAAGGACUGGGCUCUUGAUGGGCAAGAUGGAUCGUCUGCAGCAGCUGAGGGGGCUUCUCAGAAAAAGAAAGGUGGAAAAGAUAUUGCAAAUGGUGAGGGGACAAAUCAGAAAAUGAAAGGAAAAAUUUCUUUGAAGGACAAGGUGGAGCUUGAGAAGGAGAUGGAAGAGUACUACAAGUUAGACUAUGAGGACACUAUUGGAGAUCUGAAGACUAGGUUCAAGUAUAAGCAAGUUAAGCCGAACAGUUUCGGCCUGAGCACCUAUGAGAUAUUGGCAUCAGAUGACAAGGAUUUGAACCAGUAUGUAUCCAUGAAGAAGAUAGCUCCUUACAGGGAGGCAGAAUGGAAGGGGACAAAGCCCGUGCCCGGCUCCGGCCUGCCGAUGUGGAAACAGGUAUCGAUCUCCGACGCGCUGCUGACGAACGAGAUACUCGUCAUGAGGAGGAUAGUGGAGAGCGUUGCGCCACAUCCUAAUGUCAUCAACCUGCAUGAUGUGUAUGAAGAUGUGCAUGGUGUGCACCUCGUCCUUGAGCUGUGCUCGGGUGGUGAGCUUUUUGAUCGGAUUGUGGGGCGUGACCGGUACUCGGAGUUCGAUGCGGCCUGCGUCAUUCGUCAGAUUGCUAGCGGGCUGGAGGCUCUUCAUAAGGCAAGCAUUGUACACAGGGACCUGAAGCCGGAGAAUUGUCUGUUCUCUGACAAAGAUGAGAAGUCCACACUGAAGAUCAUGGAUUUUGGUUUGAGUUCUGUCGAAGAUUUCAGUGACCCAAUCGUCGCGCUGUUUGGGUCAAUAGAUUAUGUUUCACCGGAGGCUCUAUCCAGGCAGGAGGUUUCAGCUGCUAGUGAUAUGUGGUCUGUUGGGGUAAUUCUGUACAUUCUUUUAUCUGGAUGCCCACCAUUUCAUGCUGCAACCAAUCGAGAAAAGCAGCAAAGGAUCCUGCAAGGUGAAUUCAGUUUUCAGGACCACACAUGGAAAACAAUAUCUUCAUCCGCGAAAGAUUUGAUUUCGCGCCUUCUUUCUGUUCAACCUUACAAAAGGCCAACAGCAAGUGAUCUUCUGAGGCAUCCUUGGGUGAUUGGAGACUGCGCCAAGCAAGAUCUCAUGGAUGCAGAGGUCGUCUCAAAACUGCAAAAGUUCAAUGCUAGAAGGAAAUUGCGGGCAGCUGCGAUAGCCAGCGUUUUGAGCUGCAAAGUGGCAUUGAGGACUAAAAGGCUGAGAAAUCUUUUAGGAACCCAUGACCUUACCUCAGAGGAGCUGGAUAAUCUGCGGCUUCAUUUUGGACGAAUAUGUGCAGAUGGAGAAAACGCCACUCUGUCAGAGUUUGAGCAGGUGCUGAGAGCAAUGAAAAUGGACUCACUGAUUCCCCUAGCUCCCCGCGUAUUCGAUCUGUUCGACAACAACCGUGAUGGAACCGUCGACAUGAGAGAGAUCCUGUGUGGGUUCUCCAGCCUCAGGAACUCACGAGGCGAUGAUGCUCUUCGCUUGUGCUUCCAGAUGUACGACGCUGAUCGGUCAGGCUGCAUCAGCAAGGAAGAGCUGGCAUCAAUGCUCCGAGCGUUGCCGGAGGAGUGCCUGCCAGGCGACAUAACGGAGCCGGGGAAGCUGGACGAGGUGUUCGACCAGAUGGACGCCGACAGCGACGGCAAGGUCACCUUCGACGAGUUCAAGGCCGCCAUGAACAAGGACAGCGCCCUCCAGGACGUCCUCCUCUCCUCCCUCCGCCCACAGUAGCAGCAGCAGCAGCAGCAGAAGCUUCUCAGAUUGAUCGAUUUCUUCAGGAAAAAUACUAGUAUCUGUACUGCUAAUACUUCUGCAGCGAAUGGCUGGCUGCCUUAUCUGAAAUUUUCAUCUGUGUCGGCUGCUGAAAUGGUAGCAAAACUGUAGCUGUUCUGUUGUCACCUCGUCCGAAAAAAUUAUGAGCGGUGCGGAUUUCACAUUUUCACUAUAUUCUGGGUGAAAUUGAAUAGCAAGCCGGGUAACAUAUUUACCUGAUUUCC